UCCAACUUGUCAGUCAACUCAUGCCAGCAUUCUCCACGUCUGCCUCUUCUACACACCCUCAUUACAUGUGUCUGUCUGGACUGAUCUGCUCAUCUGUUCAGGGACGCUCCUGACAAGUCAAAAAUUCUGCCUUCUCUCUGCUCUGGAAUUGGAUCAAAUCACCUCACCUUUUUUGUAGCCCCACCAGGAGGUUUUUCGCUUAUGGUCUCAUUCUAUUUUCCUUCACUACUUGUCUGUUUUUGAUUUCUAGAAUGGAGGAAGCCGAAUUGCUGAAAGAAAGAUUCCAGGCCAUAACAGACAAAAGAAAACUGCAAGAAGAAAUUACACAGAAACGCCUAAAAGUAGAAGAGGAAAAAAUGAAACACCAACAUUUAAAGAAAAAGGCCUUGCGAGAAAAAUGGCUCUUGGAUGGCCUUAGUUCUCUCACUCCAAAAGAGCAAGAAGAAAUGCAAAAGCAGAAUCAGGAGGACCAACAACAGACUCAUGAGCUGGAACAAGACAUUUUCAGACUGGAGAAGGAAAUUGAGGCUCUGGAAAGAGAGGAAAUGGAAGUCUCGGCUAAGGAAGAAGCAAUUUUAAAGAAACUUAAGUCUGUUGAGAAAACAACAGAAGAGAUAAUAAAGUCUGUGAAGAUUGAAAAAGCAGGAGUCGAAAAAGAGGCAGCAGACUACAUAUACGCCAGCAUACCUGACCUUCCCAAGUAUUUCAGGCCUUCCGCACUGAGAAGUACGGCACAUGGUGCCGCCGAUGAUGAAGAAAAGAGAAAAGCAUUGUUUGCCAUGGAAAUUAAAGUUGAAAAAGACAUUAAGACAGGAGAAAACACAGUGUUAUCAACAAUACCUCUUCCCUCAAAGGAGUUUAAAGAGACAGGAAUUAAAGUCUAUGAUGAUGGUAGGAAGUCAGUCUAUGCAGUGUCCUCAAAUGGCAGCGCAACACAAAAUGGGAUGGAUGAACUCGCUCCUGUUGAGGUGGAGGACCUGCUACGGCAGGCAACUGAAAAAAAUUCCCAGUCUCCCACCGAGUAUCAUGAGCCUGUGUUUGCAAACAAGUUUUGCAGGCCAGUUACUCCUCAAAAAGACAAAUUAGUCCCUGGACCAAAACUGGAAAACACUCACAGAAAAGAGAUUAAUGGAAUUAGCAAUCAUCACACAGAAUUCUCCUCCAAAACAGAGCCCUUUAUGCAGCAACAUAAAGAGAAUGGGCUUGAUCUUCCAAAGGUAGCACAGCCAAAGUCUCCCUCUCCAGUACUUUUGCAUUCAGAGAAGAAAGUGCGUGCUAAUCCUGAGAACAGGAUGAUAGAUAAUGAAGAAAGAAAAGCUGCACAUGAGGAAUUAAAACCUUACCAGAAUACAAGAGAAAGACAUAAUGAGACAAGGUUCUUAAGUCCCUGCCAUCUUAAUGAAACAUCCCUUGCACCUCAAGAUGAGGAAGAUGUUCAAUACAGCAUUGUCCAAGCUGUACCAUGUUAUGUGGAUGAUUCUGAGCCAGUAACAAUGAUUUUCAUGGGUUAUCAGCGCAUUGAUGAUGACGAUGCAGAAGCAGACCAAAAGUUGUCACGAUAUGAUGGGGUUAUCCGCGCAGAAUUAGUUAUCAUUGAUGAUGAUGACGAAGAUGACAGCAAAUCUGAGAAACCAGCAUAUCAUCCCAUAGGCCACUAUAGUCAGGUUUAUCAGCCAUCGAGCAGGAAAAUCACAGAAGUCCCACAGAUGAACCCUGUGACCAGUCUGGGCGCGAGCCUGAACAAGGCACCCCACAAAAAUUCCAUCUCCCUGAGAGAACAAGAGGAAUGCUUGAGUUCACCGACACAACGUGCUCAUCUUCACGGCCAGGUAUCUGGAGAUGGUACUGAAGAUCCCUCUCUAACAGCUCUGAGGAUGAGAAUGGCAAAGCUUGGGAAAAAGGUGAUUUAACAACUGUAAUGACAUGGAAGUAAAAUUGACUACUCAAAGCAGAAUAAAGCUAAGAAGAGUUUCUUCAACACAUCUAUUUUGGAUCAUAAUGCUU